CACGCGCAUUUCAGAUUCUGGGAAUGAGGCCCUAAGGUCGGACUUCUAAAAGAGGAAAAUGGCAGCGCACCGGCUGCGGCAGAGCGUGGGCAGGCUGUUUGCGAUGGGAACAGAACUGGGGAGUGGAAGACGAGAUUUCAGCGCGUUCCAGGCCUUCACGGAGGUUCUACGGCUGCCGAGCAAGCAGCUGACGAAGCUGGUCUUCCCGCUGCAAGAACUCCAUGGGCAUUUCGUCCCGGGCUCGAGGCCAGACCUUCACCUGAAUAUCUUCCACCCGAGCCUGGAGGACAUCGCGCGGGCGGAGAGCUUCUUCACGGCCUCCGCCCGAAACCGUAUCGAGUACCUCACCUCGGCGGUGCGUCUCGACCACGCCCCGGACCUUCACCGCCCGGAGGUGUGUUUUAUAGGCAGAAGCAAUGUUGGAAAAUCCUCUCUAAUAAAGGCUUUGUUUUCACUUGCCCCAGAGGUUGAAGUUAGAGUCUCCAAAAAACCGGGCCAUACAAAGAAACUUAAUUUUUACAAAGUUGGAAAAUACUUUACAUUGGUGGACAUGCCAGGUUAUGGCUAUAGAGCACCUGAAGAUUUUGUUGACAUGGUAGAAACCUACCUAAAAGAACGAAAGAAUUUGAUGAGAACAUUUUUAUUAGUAGAUAGUGUUGUGGGAAUUCAAAAAGCAGACAAUAUUGCCAUAGAAAUGUGUGAAGAAUUUGCAUUACCUUAUGUGAUGGUAUUAACAAAAAUUGACAAAUCUUCCAAGGGACAUCUUUUAAAACAAGUGCUUCAGAUCCAGAAAUUUGUUGACACUAAAACACAAGGAUGUUUUCCUCAGUUGUUCCCUGUAAGUGCUAUGACCUAUUCUGGAAUCCAUCUGCUGAGAUGCUUUAUAGCAGAUAUAACAGGAAAUCUUAAGACUACUGGCUUCCAAUUUAGCUGAAGAUUCAAAAUUGUUUGUGCCAACUGCAGUUAAAGACAGAAUUUCAGCAUUGUUUUAAAUGUUGUGUAUCUGUAACUUGCAGAAGGAUCACUUCAGCUUUAAAACCUGCAUAUUUCCAAAGGAAGAAUGAUUUGUGCCUAUAGGGGCAGAAAGGUUUAUACAUGAUUGAGUUAUGCUGUUCAUUAGAAGAGAUACCAGCAGUUUUUAACAAACUGACAAACAAGACCAUAUAGAAGUCCAUAAAAUGAAAAUCUGUUUCCUACCGUGUAGAUGAUAGUGAGAGUGUUACUUACUCAGUCGAGUCUGACUCUUUGUAACCCUAUGGACUGUAGCCUGCCAGGCUCCUCUGUCCACAGCAUUCUCCAGGCGAGGAUACUGGAGUGGGUAGCCAUUACCUUCUCCAGGGGAUCCUCCUGACACAGGGAUUGAAGUUGUGUCUCCUGCAUUGCAGGCAGAUUCUUUAUUGUCUGAGCCGUCAGGGUAGCCCCUACUGUGUGUAGAUGACGGUUUGCCAUAUUAUUGGGUUUUUGUCUUUUAAAGGAAUAUCUAUUACUCUAUUUUUUUAAAUAUUACAAUGCACUAGGUAAAAAGGGGCUACUUUUUUGUUAAGCACUGAUAGAUGGGUUGAAGGUAAAUUCUUAUGUUGUUGUUCAGUCACCAAGUUGUGUCUUGACUGCCACCCCAUGGACUGUUGCACACAAGGCUUCCCUGUCCUUCACUAUCUUCCAGAGUUUGUUCAAAUUUAUGUCCAUUGAGUCAGUGAUGCUAUCUAACCAUCUCAUCCUCUGCCACCCUCUUCUCCUUUUACCUUCAAUCUUUCCCAGCAUCAGGGUCUUUAUAUGUAUGGCUAUAACAUCAUUUUUUUGGAGACAUCAUUUGAAUAUAAUAAAAAUUAUUCUUGAUAAAAUUUCAAUCAGUCCAUAAUGGAAAUACCACUUAUUUCAGACUGAGGUCAGUCGCUUUCACAGGGUUCAGAAUCAGACCUGAAUUCAAGUUCCAGUUAUGAUAUUUAUUGUACUUUGGAUGUUUCUGAACUUCUUUUGUAACUCUACCUCAGAAGCUAUGAAAAUUAAAAUAUGAAAAGAACAUCUAUUUAUUCUAUAUAUUUGUAAAGCAAAACCAAUUCAAGUAUAUAGCAAAACUCAUGGGUAGAUUUAUCACAGAAUACAUCCUGUCAUGGAGGAAGUAACAUUUUAUCUACGUUAAGACCAAAGAAGAAAGUUUUAGGUAUGAAAGUUGAUUUGCACAGGGCAAGAAAAAACAGUUGAUGGGAUAGUUUAUAAAUGGAAUCUUCCCAUUAGGAUUCAGAAUGGAAAGAUAAAGCCUUACUUUGGACUAAUGUUAGUGGAAAAUAUUUUUAUGAAGGUGUUACUGACCUGGUCAUACAAGUGGUUUAGCUUUUCAGAGUGAGGCUGUAUAUUAAAAUGUUAUAGCAAUAGCAUUGGAUAAAAAAUUAAUGCUAUAAAACAACUUUUUGACUUUUAGAAAAUUCAGUUCUGAAUAUGUUUUCAGUUUUAUAGUUAAUAUUACUGGUUUAUUCUAACCAUCAGUGAUUUAAAAAAAACUUUUAAUAUGGGCAUUCACCAAGUAAAAUAUAUAUUGAUUGAUAGUAACAACAAAAUUAUCUUAAAAGGCAUCUUUCCGCCUGCCAGUGUUACUUUCCAGCUUGUCUUAGCCUUGGCUUUUGUUCUCCUAAAAGGAGGGUCCAAGACAAAAGCUUGUGUCCAGUAGUUUAUUGGGGAUGUGAUUCCAGGGAACAGGAAUGAAGGGGAAAUGAAAUAGAUAGAAGGAAAGCCAGUCAAGGAUGCACUGAGUUGGAAACAACAUAGCUCUAGGGCUUGAUCUUGAGGGAUCUGUGGAACCUUACGAAAUGUGCCUCUGAAUUGUCUUUGAAGGGGGAUUAGCAAGUUGUGUAUGCCCAAAUGCCAAGCAGUCCUGUAGCUUGUCAGAGGCGCGAAGGCAAGGUGUAGCCGUCCAGUCCUGCUUGAGACUGGUUAUCAUAGUAGUGGCUGCAGCAAGAGGCCAAGAAGAUUUGAAGUGACACAUGAGAGGCCUACCACACUGCUCUUACAAGUGACCAGAGUGUGUUAAUGCCACCGGAAGGGAUUAAAUUGGUAUUUACUAUGAUAUGCUAACAGUUAUUUUCUAAUCUAAUUUACUGGAUAAGUUAUGGUUUUGUAAAUUUAAGAUUUCACUUUUAAAACUUAAAACAUCUGAAUUUGUUUGGGGAAAAUAGAAUACUAUGUUCCUUAUUUUUACCAACUUAGGGACACAUGAAACUCUUUACUGUUUUUCCCAGAAUUUUAAGGGGCAGAUGGGCAAAGGAGAUAAACAUAUACCAAAGAAACAUUAAUUAAAUAGGAAAAAAAAUGCUAGACUUAUAUUCUUAUCCAGUUUCACCUCCUUAGACAAUUCACUAAACCACUCUGUUGUAUACAGUGAAGGGUGAUCUCCCAAGUCUCUUCUAGCUGUACAGGUUGAUGAUUAUUGAACACUAAUACUACUUCAGAUGGAGGAUCUGAGCCCAGAGAAGCCUGCUAUUUGCACAUGAUUAGUGUCACAUGCACAUAAAAGCAGAAGCAGGAUUGGACCUUGAAUCUUAGAAGCUGAUGGCUCUUUCUAGACUUGUCAUGAAGGAGACUUCCUCGGUAUUGUCCAUGUUUUAAAGUACCAAGUAGCUGUACCACUUGGUAGGAAACCAGGAAAAAUAUAAACUAAUAAAAAGUGACUAGAGAUAGACUUAGCAAGGCUUCAGGAAAGGGAGCUAAACCAGUGUUUAUCUAACUGCAUUUUGAGCUACUUGCAUCAAAAUCACCUGAGCCCCGUAUUAAAAUGCAGAUUUCCGAUCCUGUCCCCUAGCCAUGAUUAUCUCUGGAAGGGACUCAAAAUCGGCAUUUUAAACAACCCCACCAAGUGAUUCUCAAGACAUCCCUACAGUUUGAGAACCACUGGUACAGUAAGUAAGUGGAAAAUAUACAGAAAACAGACAAGGAAAGAAAAAGGCCAGAUAAAGAACAAAAAGGAAACUUUAAGAACGGUAGGAUGACUGAGGAAGAUGCAGGAUAUACUAGGGCAUUGUAUAAAUUACUAUAUAUAAACAUAAAACUUAAGCCUACAACCUGCUUGAAAAAUAGCUUAUUUAAUAUAUAUAAACAUAAAACUUAAGCCUACAACCUGCUUGAAAAAUAGCUUAUUAACCUAAUUCAAGAAAGCUAGAAUAUUUGAACGAAACCUCAAACUUCGCAUCAUUAUUUGAAAAUAUGUAGGAUUUACCUUCUCAGAGCAAUUGUAUGAGCAACAUACAAAUAUCAGGUGAUAGCAUCAGCACCAAUUAUAAAUCUGUUUUCAGCCUCUCUAGGUUGAUUGAUUUUGUGUUUCCUUAGUUUUUUAACUUUCUCACCUAGUUCUACUUUGUGUAUAACCGUAAGUCACUCUAUAUCCUUUCUGGAAAAAAAUUUGUAUUUGGAAUCAAUCAAUUAGCACCCAAAUAAACAAGGUCCCCUACAAACUUUUGGACAAUUCCAAAAGCAUUUUAAUAUGCCCUCCUAUGAGAUAAGGUUAACAAAUGAAAUAAUGGUUGUAACCAUUGCCUGCUAAUACACUUAGUGGCAAAACUGAUGAUCAGUUCUAACAUACAGAAGACAGGCAGUACAGCUGUUAAAAGCUACGAACCUUGGUGUUCAGAAGAGCACUUAGCUACAGUGGAACCAUUAAGGUCAAAGUGACCUAGGUGAUUCCCACCCCUGCAUCCCAUUUACCUAAAAGUUUUACAAACCUAAUUACUCAGGUCUUAAGUAAAAAGUUGAUUAAUAGUCAAAUAUCUGUCGAUUAAAUGACACAAAGCUAUGGUGAGCGUUUAUUGAACUAAAAUGAACUGCUGUACAGUGCUGUACUAAAGCAGCUCCUCUGAGUCCAAGUGGCACUUCCAGAUCUUUCCACAUCUCAGCUGUUCUACUUAAAGCAGCAGAACACUGGAGCAACUGGUUAAAAGUUUCACAUAUGAGCCUCUAAACUCCCAUUAAAGCAAAAAUAUCAUCAAUGUCAUCUGUCUCCUUAGUGGUUUCUGAUGUAUUAUGUUUAUUUCCUUGCAUCAUUGUCCAAGAAUCCGUCUCAUUUUCAUUGCUUUCUGUAAGCUUUUCAUGAGUUUGUGUCUCCUUAGUUUGUACGACAGGAUUUGAAACUCUCCUAUUCACUUGCUUAUUGUUAGGGUACAGAUCAGUCCUACGAACAGUAGAAUCUGAGAGUCUCCCUUUAAUGACAUCCGUAGCACUCUGAGUCCCUUGAGGGGGCUGCUGGAUUUCCUUUAAAAGUGUCGACUGCAACUUUCUCUGUUUCCUUCCUUUCAGUGAAAAUUUAUUCUGUGAUCUUCUUCGUCUCAGGUGAUGCUUUGAAGUUUUCAUACCUAAGCCGUGAAGAAGGCAGUUGCAAAUAGAUGUUUUUAUGCACUGUAGCUUCUUUGGCAAACUUUAAAGGACAGAAGAAAUUAGAUUGUUAAGAUGCAGAAAAACAUUCUCAAAAA